UCCCAAGAGCGUUCAGAAUACUGCAAGAAAAGGUGUUUUGGUUGCCAGCUGUGUUGAAGUGCUCUGGUCCGACCAGCCCUCUGGUGCUCCAUCCUUUUGAUUCCUCCCACAUGAAGCCAGCAGAAGGACCAGAACCACAAAACCAUACUUUUCUGACAGAAUUUGUCCUCUCUGGAUUGUCCAGCCACCCAGAGCAGGACAACUGGCUGUUCUUCUCUUUCUGUCUGAUUUAUACCUUCACCCUCACCGGGAACCUCCUCAUCUUCCUGGUCACAGCACAUCCCACCCUGCACAUGCCCAUGUACUUCUUCCUCCGGGUCCUGUCCUUCCUGGAUAUUUCCACAGCAUCCACUGUCGUUCCCAAGAUCUUGGUAAGCUUUCUGCCAGAGGGCAGGAGAAUUUCCUACAUGGGCUGUGCCACACAGCUCUACUUUGUCAUUUUCUUGGGGGCCACCGAAUGCUAUGUUUUGGCAGCUAUGGCCUAUGACCGCUAUGUGGCCAUAUGCAACCCCCUUAGAUAUGCCAUCAUCAUGAACAACAAAGCCAGGCUUUCCCUAGUCCUGCUGUCGUGCUGCAGUGGUAACGUAGUGUCUGUGGUGCAGACAGCUUGGGUGUUCACCUUGCGGUUCUGCGGACCCAACAAGAUCAACUACUUUUUCUGUGACAUUCCUCCACUCGUUAUGCUCUCCUGCACUGACACCUCCUUGUAUGAAAAGCAGACACUUACCACCGCUGUGCUGGUCAUCUUUGCACCGUUUUGUCUCAUCCUGGUGUCCUAUGCCUGCAUCAUCUCCAACAUCCUGAAGAUUUCCUCUGCAGAGGGCAGGUGCAAGACCUUCUCCACCUGUUCUUCACAUCUUAUUGUUGUAACUCUUUAUUAUGGCAGUGGGAGCUUGAUUUACUUACGGCCCAAAGUCAAUUACUCUCAAGACGUUAAGAAAUUUUUUUCGCUCAUAUACACAGCUAUAAUUCCAGCACUAAAUCCCCUGAUUUACAGCCUGAGGAAUAAAGAAGUGAAAGGAGUACUAAUUAAAACUAUAGCUGACCCAAGGAAGAAAUAAACCUUUUCUUGUACAUGAAUGUGGAGCUUAAAAAUGCUAUUUCUGGCAUAGGUCACUGUGUAAGGCUGCUAGCUCACUAAAACCAGUCAAAUCCACCCCCAUGCCACAGCUUAUUUGGACACUUGGGUCUGAAGGUCUUGCUUUCAUUGCAGGAGAUUCAGCUGACCCUGUCACUUAAGAAAUAUUAUUUUACUGUGUGAAAACUUGGUCCUUAUCUUGUUUGUAAGCUCUCUGUAUGCACUGAAAGAAUCCAGCCUCCCCUCAGCCUUCUUUUCUCCAGGCUGAGCAAGCCCAGCUCCUUUCCUCAUAGCAGAGGUGCUCUAACAACGCUGAGGAACUGAUGCUCAUUCCUUACUUCCAGAAAGACAUAAGCAUUUCAUGCAGCACAGUCACCAGGAAGGUAUCUUGGGACUUGAGACAGAAUAAUUAGUAUUUUGCAUCUCUCAUCCUUUCUUUCAGAUCUAAAGUACCAUGACUCUGUGAUGUAAAUUCCACUGAAUGUUUCUCUGUCAUUUCUUUCUCUCUGGAAAUCAUUAUUAUUUAUAUUUCAAUUCAGAAAACCAGGAGAGCUAAAAAGAUUUUCAACAAUAACAACAAAACAAAGCUAACAAACAAAGAAAAAGUAAAGCUGACUGCAUUUAAUACCUGUAAUUAGCAAAGACUCUUUGGAUUAAUAAGUGGAAACCUUGUAGUAAAUUCCUGUAGAUGCAGAAAGCAUUUACUCUCUUUUGUGAACAUUUCUUUAACAGUUUUACUAACAUUUACUAACAGUUGCUAUUCAAUCUGUGCUGUGGUCAUCUGCUUCCCUCUUAGAGGUGUUUAUGGUUGGUUUGUUCACUGUUCACUUUGGAGCCAGGCAGCGCUUUGGAAAACAUCACCCACAACCCAUUAUUAAAGUUAAGAGAAGGUUCUGCACAUCUGUGCUUGGGUCCCAAGAGUUCCUUUCUUGAGAAAAAUUUUGCUGAAGCCAUUCCUUCUAGUGACACCUCUGAAAAACACAAAGGCUGCCAGAAGACCAAAGACAGGUUUUCCCAGGCUACUUGGACUACUAGGAAACUUAACCUUCACCUGGUGAAAACUAAGGCUGAUAUAUGACAAGGGAACCAAGACAACAUUUCGGCUUCUCAGACUGCUCUGAUGGAGAGAAGACAGGGUGCUCAAGAAGGUGGAAGGGGGCAGAACCAGGACAGAUGAGCUAAACUGAAAGAAAUUCUGCACUAGGUGAUGUCCUGCAGAACAACAAAACGGGGGGAAGUUGGCCGGGAGACUGCAGCUCUUGGGGACUGGCUGGGCUUCUGUCUGCUGGUACUGAGAGAUUGCCUUGUGUGUCACUUGUUUUGUGUGUUCUUUUUUUCCCCCUCCAUUUUUAUUUUCCUAAUAAACUCUCUUUAUCUCUA